AUGACCUUGAAUAAUAUGCAGCUGCAGAUGUCGUCCGAAGUCGCAAUCCGAUCACCAUCCAAGACAGACUUAAUGCACCAAGUUUUCGCAGAGCCGAGGACUGCGAAAUUUAAUACCCUGAUCAAAAUUCGGUUGGUGAAUCUCGAUUUCGCCGGUCUGGUGAAUGGCGGUGACCAUCAGGCGGCGGUGUUCAAUGCCAAACAUGGCGUUGCGGACCAGGGACGUAGUUAA